CGGUUUUUCUCACCCGAUGUCUGUACCUGACUGUACUUGUUGAAGCGAGCGGUCUCAGGAGCAAGAAAAGGCAAUAAGAGAUUUGGUUCAACCAACCACAAAUACACUGAUAUCAUGGGCGAACGAAAGGUUGUAAUAGCAGUAGAUGGUAGCCCUCACAGUUAUAAUGCUUUUCAAUUCUACUGUGAGAAUAUACACCAAAAAGGUGAUUUAAUUCUUGUUAUCCAUGCCUUUGAACUACCAACCAUGCCUGCUGCACCCUAUCCUUAUGGCUUUGCUUACUAUGAAGAGUGGAGUAAUCUUGUCAAAAGAGCAGAUGACGAAGCAAAAGAAUUAUUAGAAAGCAUAGGAAGGAAAUGUCAGCGACACAAUAAGGAAGAAAGUGAAAAGCAUCCUGGUGAUGAAGACAAGUAUUGCUUCAAGCUGUUCAAAGAAAAUGGAAAAGCUGGAGAAGUCAUCUGCAAAUUUGCUCAUGAUGAAAAGGCAGACAUGAUUGUCAUGGGUUCUCGUGGUGUGGGCACGAUUCGCCGUACAUUCCUGGGUAGUGUGAGUGACUACUGUGUCCAUCAUGCUCACAUACCAGUUGCAGUAGUACCUCCGGCUUCAGAAGAAACCGCCGAAGCACAAGCAAAAAGUGAUUAGAGUUGGGAUUAACUCAAACUCAUCUUUAUUCAUUUCUUUACGUUUAACAUAUAUUGUUUCAUACUAAAUGUACUUACAGUCAAACUAAGAAAACCAUGAACACCUAAAAUAUAUCUGUAAUGUUAAACGUCUUGUUCUGAUCACUCAAAUAGGACGUUUGCAUGAUGGCGUCAUUUGACUCUCACUACCAAGAUGCUUCGCGAAUUUUCUUUCUCAUUUAAAUUUGUAUUCCCUCAUGAGAAUAGUAAGACAAUUGGUACUAAUUAACUGAACGAAAGAAAGUGUGCAAGGGAGUCUGGUAGUAGAGGUCAAUGACGCCAUUGUGCAAACGUCCUAUUGCAACUGUUAAUUAGAAAUGAACUCAAUCUAGCAUGUGAUUGAUCAGAACAUAAUGGUUAACAUUUCAGACGUACUUUAGCUGUUCCCGUUUUUCUUACUUUGACUGUAAAGUAUGAAGGAUUUUUAUUCUCACACAGUGAUUUACUAUACAAAGAAAAUGAACAGUGAAAAUGUUCAAAAAGGGUUUGAAUGUGAUGAUUAGCAUGACUGAAUAAAGUGGAAUGAAUAGUAAGA